UCCAUUGAAGUUUCUUGGCAAUUGUUGUCUUUAGACCAAAGUUCCAUAUAUUAAUCAUUAUUCGAUUGAAAUGCCGAGAAAACAAUGAAUAUUAUUCCAAAAGAAAAGAAAGAAAAAUGUUGGAGAGUCCAAUAAAAUAUUCUCUGCAUGCAGACUUGGAAUAGUUGGAGUUGUCGAGAAGGCACCUCUAGCCUAGUUGGUGGUAUUUUUAAUUUUAUAUAGGUAAUUACCAACAUAAAAUUCUAUCACUCUCUUCCAUACCCAAUAACCCAACCCAGUAUUACUUUGCUAGCAUAUUGUGUGACACCAUUUCCACCACUAUAUAUUGCUGUCUUGGUGUCAUGGAGGUUGAUUCAUCGAGGAUUUCUCUCCGUCCGUUCAAGCUAACGGACGUGGAUGAUUUUAUGUUAUGGGCAGGCGAUGAUCAAGUGACAAGAAACCUAACAUGGAAGACUUUUACCUCUAAGGAAGAGGCUUUGACUUUCAUCAAGGAUGUUUGCAUACCCCACCCUUGGUGUCGUUCCAUAUGUAUCGAUGACCGUUCGAUCGGCUUCAUCUCCGUUUUGCCGUGGUCUGGUGAUGACAGGUGUAAGGCUGAUAUAGGGUAUGGAAUUGCCACGAAGUAUUGGGGCCAAGGGAUAACUACCAGGGUAGUGAAGAUCGCCCUCUCACAAUUGUUCAAAGAUUUCCCUGAUCUGGUAAGGUUGCAAGCUUUUGUAUAUGUGGAAAAUAAAGCCUCCCAGAGGGUAUUAGAGAAAGCUGGGUUCCAAAGGGAAGGGCUACUAAGGAAGUAUACCUUUGUUAAGGGGAGACUUGUAGAUCUACUUCUCUAUAGUGUUUUAUCAACUGACUCCCUCGCUACAGAUCCUCAGGGCUCAGCUUAAGAAUUAUAAUAAAUUCUAUAUAUAGAUAAGGGAAUGGUAAGAUCAAAAAGGGUACAUGCAAGAGAUCUAUGGUGGCUAGUAAAGACGGGGUUUAAGCCUUUAAGGGAGGUUGACAUGAUGCUGGGGUAGACUCAAAACGGGAAUUGGUUCUUGAUGUAUCUCGAGAAGCGGCCCGACU